UUUUCAUAUGGCAAAAGCGCCCAAGUAUUAUCCCGGCGAGGAACAAGUGUAACCUACUUCCAAACACCGGCUUAGCUUUCGCCGCUGCUCUCACUCUCGCAUCUCGAUCGACCAUAGGAGGCCUUCUCUGUCUGGCAACGUCUCUUGGCUCUCUCUCUUCUUCCGUCGUCGCCGUGCGGACACUAUCCACAGCUUCAAUGGCUGUUACUUUUACCGGAUCUACUUCUAUAGCUUCCGCUCCAGCGAAAAUUGGACCGAUUUUCAGGCAAAUCGCUCAUUUCCGUCGAGGACGGUCCCUGGUUUCCGCCGGACCUCGAUCGGCUCAGUUCUGUCCAAGCGUAGGGUUUCAGUGUCGAUGGAGCAAUUCCUCUGCUUUGCCUGCUGGUGUUAAAGCUCAGGUUGCAGCUGUUGAACAAGCAAGUGUUGAUUCCACACAGAAUGUUGAAGCUCCUGUUGUUGUUAUCACCGGUGCUUCUAGAGGAAUUGGCAAAGCAAUUGCACUGGCUCUGGGCAAAGCGGGUUGUAAGGUCUUGGUGAACUAUGCAAGGUCAUCAAAGGAUGCUGAAGAAGUUUCCAAACAGAUUGAGGAAUUUGGUGGGCAAGCUCUUACUUUUGGGGGUGAUGUUUCCAAGGAGGAAGAUGUAGAAUCAAUGAUUAAAACCGUGGUUGAUGCAUGGGGAACCAUUGAUAUACUGAUAAACAAUGCAGGAAUUACACGGGAUGGCUUGAUGAUGAGAAUGAAAAAACCCCAAUGGCAGGAGGUUAUUGAUUUGAAUCUCACAGGUGUAUUUCUCUGCACACAGGCUGCAUCCAAAAUUAUGAUGAAAAAAAGAAAGGGAAGAAUUAUCAACAUAUCCUCUGUUGUUGGCCUGGUUGGCAAUGUUGGACAAGCCAAUUACAGUGCUGCAAAGGCAGGGGUAAUUGGCUUAACAAAAAGUGUUGCAAAGGAAUAUGCAAGCAGGAAUAUUAAUGUUAAUGCCGUGGCUCCUGGAUUCAUAGCAUCUGAUAUGACUGCCAAGCUUGGGGAAGACAUUGAAAAGAAAAUCUUGGGUACCAUUCCCCUAGGACGAUAUGGCCAACCUGAGGAAGUUGCUGGACUGGUAGAAUUCUUAGCACUGAAUCCUGCUGCCAGCUACAUUACCGGACAGGUGUUUACCAUUGAUGGGGGGAUGGUGAUGUAGGAGGCUUGAGAAUCCUCCAUCUUUUACUGUCUCCAUCCUGAAAACUUGCUGGUCUUCAUAUCUGUGCCAGUCCAAGCUCCUUCUGUGGUUUUAUAAGGUGCAUAAACUUCACCUUGCUGGAAAUGCAGAGUGUCCAUAAGGUUGUAGUCAGCUAGCAAUCUUUAAGACUCAAGAAUAGGAAGAUUUAGCCAUUUUUGUUAAUUUUGAGGCACUUCACUUUCUCUGGACCGUUGUAAGCAAGAAAAAUAACCAAAAAUCUAAGGAUAAAAAAAAGCGGACAGCGCUGCCUUCCUGGUUACCGACUAGGAAGUCUUACUUGUUUUA